AUGUGUGUUCCUGCUUCUUCUGUGCCUUCUGAAUCUGUAUUCUCUAAAGCUAAUUAUAUAUUUUCCGAAAGAAGACAAUCAAUGCUAAAUAGUACAUUAAGAGAUUGUGUCUUAUUGUAUUGCAACAAAUCUUUAUUUACAAAUGCCAACAACAAAUAA